UCUCGCUCUCUCUGCAUCUCUGCAUUUUCUCUCCUCUCGUUUUACCGUGUGGGAAGCUCAAUGCAGCAGCAAAACCAACAUACUUGGAAGAAGACGAGCUGGAAUAGUUGCUUUACAAGGCUGUUGUCAUUAUUCGGACGAGGUCUGCGCUACCAAUACUUAUUUUGAUCUGGUGGUUUAGUGUGGCAUCUCCUUUUUAGCGCAUUUUACUCAUCUGAAUAAUUAAUUUCCUCGUCAGUUCGAUCGCCGAUACCCCUCACAUCCGAGCACGUAGUUUUUUUCUCCUGCAACUUGCAUGAUUUUAAGAAACGACGGGAAUCAGCUGGAGUCAAUUUGUGAUAUUCAGUCAUUGAGGCGAAUAGCGACGCGCUAUGGAUCGUUGCGACUAAUUUAUUAAGAUCUGUAUCAUCUCCCCCUGAACUGAUGAGAGAACUGUGCGUUAAAAUUCAUCUGAACUGAUGUUAAAGCUGCAUCCUUUACAUUCUUCAGACCUCGUUUCCUUCAACAGGAGAAUGCUGGACUUGUUUUGCGUCCACCACUUGCUAUUUCAACGUUUUCACUUCGGUUUUGAAACGCAUUUAUUAUUCAGCGCCUCGUUUUUGAGAUGCCUCAGAAGAGCUCAAUAACCUUGGCAUUUUAUGACACAAUAUAUGUUUUGUACAAGCGGAGCCUGACAAGCAGAGAGGCUGUGACUGAAAUUUGAACCUGACUGAAUGGCUAUAGUCCCUCUCUUGGCGCUCCCAAUGUCCGGUGUCAUCUGAAAAGAGGGAGAUAUUAACAUUGCCGGUUACUAAAUGGUUUACUGGGGGAUUUUUAAAAGGCAAAAUGCUGCUGCUUGUUCUGUUGGCCUUUUCCAUAUCGAGUUCAUUUUCUGACUCGGAUUCGGACCUCAGAGCCGAGACCUGCAGCGCUUGCUCCUGCAUGUCCAUCGAGAACGUCCUCUAUGUGAACUGUGAGAAAAUAACUGUGUACAGACCUACGCAGCUGCAGCCGCCAGUAUCCAGCCUCUACCAUUUGAAUUUCCAAAACAACCUUUUGUACAUUCUUUACCCCAACUCUUUUCUGAAUUUUACACACGCAGUCUCGCUCCAGCUGGGGAACAACAAACUCCAGAACAUCGAGGGAGGGGCGUUUAUGGGGCUUAGUGCACUGAAGCAGUUGCACUUAAAUAACAAUGAAUUAAAAGAGCUCCGCGCUGACACGUUCCGGGGGAUCGAGAAUUUGGAAUAUCUUCAGGCCGACUACAAUUUAAUCAAGUUUAUAGAGAAAGGAGCCUUUAACAAAUUGCAUAAACUGAAAGUUUUAAUUUUAAAUGACAAUCUUAUUCAAGGCCUACCUGAGAACAUUUUUCGAUUCGCCUCCCUCACUCAUUUGGACAUACGAGGGAAUAGGAUACAGAAGCUUCCUUAUCUUGGAGUUCUGGAGCACAUCGGGAGAAUAGUGGAGUUGCAGUUGGAUGACAACCCGUGGAAUUGCACUUGUGAUUUGUUACCAUUAAAGGCCUGGUUGGAGAACAUGCCCUAUAAUAUUUUUAUUGGGGAGGCUAUCUGUGAGACUCCCAGUGAUCUAUAUGGCCGGCUUUUGAAAGAGACCAACAAGCAGGAGCUGUGCCCAAUGGGGACAGGCAGUGACUUUGACGUACGGAUGCCCCCCUCCCAGCCCGAGGGUGGGCUGACCCUGUCUAACGUGGGACCCUCGACCAUAGCACCUUUAGUUACCAAAGCACCCAAAACCACCAAUCCCUCCAAAAUAUAUGGCAAUGGAAUCGUUGCUGGCAAUCCACCUAGUAAAAAUGGCCAAAUCGUGUCCUUCCAAACUCGAAUUCCUCCCCUCUCUUGUCCCCAGCCAUGUAUGUGCAAAGCUCACCCGUCUGACUUUGGUAUUAGUGUGAGCUGUCAAGAAAGGAACAUCCAGAGUCUAGCAGAUCUUGUACCUAAACCGCCAAAUGCCAAGAAAUUGCACCUUAGUGGUAAUUACAUAAGAGAUAUCAAUCCUACCGACUUCCAGGGUUUUGAGGGUUUAGAUUUAUUACAUUUGGGCAGUAAUCAAAUAUCCACCGUGCAAAAGGGUGUCUUUGCAAACCUGACCAAUCUCCGCAGGUUAUACCUUAAUGGGAACCAGCUGGAGCAGCUGCACCCUGAAAUGUUUCUCGGGCUAAGUAACCUCCAAUAUCUCUAUUUGGAGUACAAUGCCAUAAAGGAGGUGUUAGCAGGGACGUUUGAUUCGAUGCCAAAUUUGCAGCUCCUGUACCUGAAUAACAAUGUGCUCAGAAGCCUACCUGCAUAUAUCUUUGCAGGCAUUUCUCUCGCCAGAUUGAAUCUGAAGAACAACCACUUCAUGACUCUGCCUGUGAGUGGCGUCCUAGACCAGCUCAAAACUCUCACUCAGAUAGACCUGGACGGCAACCCUUGGGAAUGCUCCUGCGAUUUAGUGGCUCUCAAACUGUGGCUUGAAAAACUGAACGAAGGGGUCGCUGCCAAGGGGGUCAAGUGUGCAUCUCCGGUGCAGUUCUCCAACAUCGAGCUGAGGGAGCUGAAAAAUGAAAUCAUGUGCCCUAAGCUCAUCGCCAGGCCUCCUUUCAUCCUGACUAGUGCCACCCCCCUUCUCACAUCAGUGUCACCUGCUGGAGUUGGCAAGGCACCUCCCAGUGGCCCUGUUCCCUUGUCUAUUAUGAUCUUGAGCAUUCUGGUUGUUCUGAUCCUCACUGUCUUUGUGGCCUUCUGCCUGCUGGUCUUCGUUUUGAGACGCAACAAAAAGCCAGCGGGGAGACAAGAGGGACUUGGAAACCAGGAGUGUGGCUCCAUGCCUCUCCAGAUCAGAAGGCACAAUCACAAAUCAAACAAGGAUGACCUGGGUGGAGAGACCUUCAUCCCGCAGACCAUCGAGCACAUGAGCAAAGCUCACACCUGUGGAAUUAGAGACUCAGAUGCAGGUUUCAAAUUUAUAGACUCAGAAAGACAGAAAAUGAUGUUACGCAACAGCGCUGAUAAAGAUAAGGACUCUCUCUCCCUGGACGCAAGGAAGAGAUUAAGCACCAUUGAUGAGCUGGACGAGUUCUUACCGGGACGAGACAACAUGUUCCUUCACAACUACUUGGAAAGCAAAAAGGAUUUCAACAGUAUAGGGGUGAGUGGCUUUGAGAUCCGUUACCCCGAAAAACCACAUGACAAAAAAAUGAAAAAAUCUUUGAUAGGGGGCAAUCACAGUAAGAUAGUGAUUGAGCAGCGUAAGAGUGAUUAUUAUGAACUAAAAGCAAAAAUGGGGACCCCAGACUACCUUCAAGUACUAGAGGAACAGACAGCUCUCAGUAAAUUCUAAAUCUUCAUCUGCUCCUUACUGACAAAAGUGCCUUAUGUCAAUUCAUAAUGAUCAAUGGAAUACCGGACACGUUUCAUUAUACAAAGCGUGUAACUCCCUUAGAAUCAGUGGCUGUGUUAAAAUUACCAACCAUUUUUAUGUUAUCAUCAUGCCAUUAUGAAUUAAAAAUGACAUCAGUCAGUAUAAAGAGAUAUAUCCUUACACACAGUUGUAGUUUGCUGCUAUUAAUAUGGGUUCUAUCAAAUCAAAUGGGGUCACAGAACUCGUUGUUUUUUUUUUUUACCAAAUGAUUGGGUCAUGAAACUCGUUGAUAUUGACCCCUCUUCAUUGUUUUUGGUUGGAAGUAUUUUUAGGAAUCUUGGGAUGACAAAAUCAAAUGGAGCGGAAGAAUUGGAAGUUGGCUUAUGCUUGAAAGUGGUGGAAUACCCCAGACCCCCUUCUCUUGGAUUAUAUUUUGCUACUUUUGGGGGCCUUGAAACUCAUGGAUUUGAUUAUAACGGAAGGUACUGACAGCCGACAUCCACGCAUUUUGGAUUAUUCCAAUAACCUGUAAAGAGCCAUUUGAUAUUGUUCUGCUGAAAUGUGAUUUGAGUAUGGCACAUGACAGGACAUUCAUGAACUCAAGAGAAACUAAACAGCUGCUUGCCAUGUAAGCGUAUCUGGAUUUAUUUUGUAAGUCAACAUUAUUUGUAUUUGUGGGGCAGUUGUGUAAAUUACAACAGUCGACAAUUAAAUUCUACAAUCUCAUCAAGAAAAUAAAAUGGAUUCAAGAAAAAGAUCAAAAAAUAUCAAAAACUCACAAAAAAAUAUGACCAUUCGUAGUUCAUAUUUAAUUUAUUUUUCUAUGCAGGAUUAUUUAAAGACUAUUGGUACUAUUUAACAAUUUCAAGAGACAUUUUGAAUGCUAUUAGUGAUUCAGGCUCUGAAAUUCUGUACUGACCUGAGUUACAUUCUGAAUUUUUCUGGUGCCCUGAUUGACAGAGGCUUAGAGAUGAUGGUGAUGUAAUGCUCACUGUCAUGUUGCACGAGGGAAGGCCUCAUAGUGUAUCAAGUCUAACAGUUUGCUUAUUCUUAUAUCCCAGAGCAACUUGUACAAGGUUUCUUAUUAACAAUAUGCAACCAAAUAAGUGUGCAUUACUGUGAUAUGAUUCUGGAUAGUUCAAAUGUGGAUCAGGGAAUCGGCUGUGAUACAAAAGGUAAUUUAUUUGAUAUGCUGAGAGGAUUGUGUUAUAGCAACUCGCCUUGUGAAAAGGCUGCUGAUUGGGUCAGAAUCAUAUCACAUUUCAUGUGCAAUAUUAUUACGCUCAAUCAUGUUAGCUUGAAAUCUUUAUUUUGUUUGUCGGUUCAAGUUAAUAUAACAGAGAGAGAGAGAGAGCUUAAUUUUUUUAAAGAAAAGGCUUAAUUUCAUUCAGUCUUUAUUUAAAACAUUAAGUUAAUGAUUGUUUUAAAUAGAAUGUACCAUGAGAGAUAAAAUAAAUACAGUUUUAUAUCAGUCAUGAAAAUCUGUAUAUUGGUUAAUUUCAUUGUGCAGUCCUGUUGAGGUCAAGUUAUUAAAAUCCCAUCAAUUUGCUCUGUCUUUUACUCUGCCUUUUUUCUGUUUACACACGUGUUACCAUGUUUUGUUUAUCGUUCAAGUUGCUUUAAAAAAAAAACAA